AAGAACAACACAGUCUCCGAACAAUUUCCGGGGAGGCUAGCCUUGCCAAAUGUUGUCAGCCUUGAGCGCUCGUGCAGCCCCGCCCCUGUAAAUACUGCACGUCAUUCCAUCAAUGUCCGAGCUCAGAAUAAUUUGAGUUUCGUUCGCGGAGCUUCACCACGACUGAAUCAACAGUUCAUAAUGCUUUGCACAACACUCUUUAGAACUCCAGCGAGAUUGCCGCUACGGCCAUUGUUCCGUUCAAUCUCAACUCUCCCAUCAAAUCCUCACAUUUACAUCUUCCCCAACCCAUCACAACCAACAAACUCUCAUAUCCUCACUCUCUUACCCACCGAACCACCUUCCCAAAAUCUCUCAAUAGGCACAACAACCAAAAUACCACCAACGCCCGACUCCUUAACCGAAAACCCGCAUUUCCUCUCCAUCCUCAACGAUGUCCUGCGGCUACACGCAACUGAAGACCCCCUGGUGCAAGGCCAAGCCGCAGCCUUUGCAUCGACUUCUGGCUCUGCACUAGGUUCAGGGGGUAUGUUCUUCCCUCAGCAGCCGAAGAGGAAGCUUCCUCGUUCUGGGGGAGGAGGUGGUACAGCAGGUGAUGGGGCUGGGGGAGCGAGUAGUCAAGGAGGAGCAGGAGGAGGUGGGAGAGGAGGAUGGUUACAUGUCAGUGAUAUGAGAGCGCCUCCUGAUUAUGGACGCAUUGCAUGGCCGGAAGACAUUUUUGGAAGCUUGGAGGUUGAUGGGAAGGGGGAGUUUGUGGCUGGUGGGGGGGAAGUGAAGGGGAAUUGGCAGGCUAGUGGGAGUUAUAGGAUUAUUACGAGGGAGGGAAUAUUGGGAUUGAGUGACUUUUUGAGAGGGAAAUUGGUCGAGAGACUGAAGGAGGAAGAGAAGAAGGGGCUGUGAUGAUGGGUCUAGAUAUUUGGGAAACAGGCAUGUACAGCGGGGGAAAGACCGACUUCGGAGCUCAAUGUAUUUAAUGACUUGGAACUCUUAAAGGAAAAGUGAAUGGGAAGAGAACCAUGAGGAAUUUCGCCUUGGAAACCAUGGCACAACGACCGAUCUUGGCCUUUUACUAUCAAACCGGGAUGGCAAAUAAGCCCCGUGGCAUUUUAUUUACAGAAGGAG